AUGGAAGAGGAUCGCGCAAUAGCGGACCUGGGUCCCACCGUCUCCGCCGACAUGAACGGCGAUGCAGAAGCAGUAGAGAAGAAGCCAAAGAGGAGGUUCAUAGGACGCAAAGCCGCCGAAGCCAAGGCAGCAGCAAGAGCCGAGCAGAAUGGCGGCGCGGGUAUUGAAGACAGUGGCGCGGUGCAAGUGGCACCACGCAAACGAGCUCCUCGCGCCCUGAACAGCGUACCCGACGACAUCCUCAACGACACCGCCAUCAACGAGGCCAUCGCACUACUGCCCGCGAACUACAACUUCGAGAUCCAUAAGACGAUCCACCGAAUCCGAACGUCUGAGUCGAAGAAAGUUGCUCUCCAAAUGCCCGAAGGCCUUCUCAUGUACGCAACCACCAUCUCCGACAUCCUCACCUCCUUCUGCCCGGGCACAAGCACCCUAAUCAUGGGCGAUGUCACCUACGGCGCCUGCUGCAUCGACGACUACACUGCCCGCGCCCUAGGGUGCGAUUUACUCGUCCACUACGCACACAGCUGUCUCAUCCCCGUCAACGUGACGGGGAUAAAGGUGUUGUAUGUCUUUGUGGAUAUCAAGAUCGAUGUGGAGCAUCUCCUCGCGACCGUGGAGCGGAAUUUCCGAGUGAAGAGUACGAUAGCGAUGGUGGGGACGAUUCAAUUCAACGCCACGCUUCACGCUGUUACGCGUCCGUUAAGGGAGGCGGGGUACAACAUCAUUGUUCCGCAAAUCGCGCCGUUGUCCAAGGGGGAGAUAUUGGGGUGUACAUCGCCUCAUUUAGCCAAGCAGAAAGACGCGGAUGGGGAAGCGGAGGCUAACAUCGACGCGAUUUUGUAUGUGGGCGACGGCCGUUUCCAUCUCGAAAGCGCUAUGAUACAUAACCCUCACCUCCCGGCGUAUCGGUAUGAUCCUUACUCUCGCCGUUUGACGCACGAGACGUACGACCACGACACGUUACUCUCCGAUCGGGCUAACGCCUUGGCUCAAGCACGGAAGGCGCGGAAGUGGGGACUCAUACUCGGCUCGCUGGGACGGCAGGGGAACCCGCACACUCUCACUCUCAUCGAGAAUCACCUCAGGGAGAAGGGGAUCCCGUGGGUCAACUUACUACUUAGUGAGAUUUUCCCGCAGAAACUGGCGGGCAUGAGCGGUGGAGAGGAUGGAGUGGAGUGUUGGGUGCAGGUUGCUUGUCCGCGGUUGAGUAUUGACUGGGGGUAUGCUUUUGAGAGGCCGUUGUUGACGCCGCAUGAGGCGUUGGUGGUGUUGGGUGGGAGAGAGGGAUGGGAGGGGCAGGGCAGGUACCCGAUGGAUUAUUAUGGGAAGGAGGGGUUGGGGAGGGUGAGGGCGGAGGAGACGGGGGUAAGAAGAGUUGCGGAUGCUCUAAAAGACUGA